AUGUCCCCUUUCACAGAAAAACAAAAAACAAACAAACAAGCAUGACUCAUAAACUUAAAUCCGUUACUAAGGAAGCUAGAUUUGAUUAAUAACGAUGUUUCCAUUGAAAAGAGUAAUUUUAGGAAGUAGUACGCCAGCACGUUAAGGAAGUUAGAGUGAGUAAGGUACCGGUAAAUAACGGCAACCUGUUCAGAGCAGUCGGUGUAUCAACAAAGCACAGAUGGAAAAGUUUAAAGCAAUUCUCAAUUUGGUUCAGAAGCAGCAGACGACCCUAAGUUUUGGGUUUGUUGCUUUGUUCACAGUUGGGGGAGAACACAUCUUUUCAUCCGUUGUCUUCAGAUGUCCUUGUAGUUCCUGGAACUUUCUCUACGGCUGUGUUUUUCUUUUGGUGCCUUCUCUCGUGCUGCUGUUGCUGGGUUACCUGCUCAGCCGUAAAACAUGGAGGCUUCUAACUGGCUGCUGUAUGAAUACAUCCAAGAUAUUCAAGAUGAAUAAUAUUUGUGGCACUGUCAAAGUGCUCGUACAGAUUACUGUAAAUGCAUUGGUUGCACCGCUUACCUGGGUUGCGGUAGCACUGCUGCACGGUAGCUAUUAUGAAUGUGCUAUGACUGGUUUUAACAAUACAGCAUACAUUCACAAGGUAUGCGAUGGCAAGUCCAAAUGUUUUCAAGACUUUCAUAAGCUGCCUUGUGACGGUAAGUCUUCUUUGUCGGCAUCUGACAGGGAGGAUGUUUUACUGGCGAUACGAGCGCAGUCACAGGUGCUGGGAUGGAUGCUGAUAGCGAGCAUCAUGGCCGUUGCCCUGGCCUUUACCUGUGUCACCCGGUGCUGCUCCCCCGUCAGUUUUCUUCAGUUCAAAUUCUGGAUGUCUUACAUGCAUCAGGAAAACGAGCUGUUUGAAAGCCUUGCCACAGAACAUGCGAAGAACCUUGCCCAACAAAACGUCAGGAGCUUUUUUGAAUCAACAGAAGCUCCUACAAUGGAGACGCCUGACAACAAAGCAUGGGAGAAAAUCUCAGCCCUGUACAAAUUUAGUACUAAAGAUUAUUACUACAGCACUUUACACAAAUAUGUUGAAAGCUGUGGUGAAAAUCAUAAGAAAUCAAGAUGGUCCGGAGAAUGUGAUUUAAAAAAUCCUACUUCUGAACUUUGUUGAUGGAUCACAUUGUUUGUGAAGGCGUGAUUUAUCAAAAGCAUGAAUCAGAGAAGGGCAACUCCAUUUUAUUGGGCCAUUUUUCACCAGGUUUAACAGGUGUUGAGAUCAGUAACUGGUUUAGGAUCUAAAUAGAGGUAUUAUGGGUUAAUUUAGGAACUAGAAACAUGGUUACAACAGAGACCUGGUAGGGCCAGAGUUGCCCAUACCUGUACUAAAUUAAGUCACUUAAUACACUUCCAAAGUGCUGAUACAUAUGUAUUUUAACUAAUGGGGGUGGGGGUCAGUUAUUUUUUUAGUAGUAAUUAAUAAUUUUUUAUUAGUAUUUGUCUUAGCUGUUGGAAAAUGGAUGUUGUCUUUCCUGGUAAUCUGAGACUACCAUACUCCUUAGAUCACACUUUUGGGUUGAUAGUUUAUGAUGUUUUUAACACACACAACUAAGAUUCAUUACGGUCUUUACACCAAGGAAAGGAACAGUAAACUGUUACAUUUGACUAAACUACAAACAAAAAACUUGGGAACACAAAUCCCCAAAAUGUUACUUCCUGUUGCUAGAUUUGUUGAAAAACUAUAAAAAUAAACCUAAAUAAGUAAUUUCAAAAUUGUUCAGAACAGUCUUUCACCAUCUGCACCUGUACAUAGAGUAGAGAAAAUGGGACCAUGGGAUUCAUAGAUUUUUUUUACAUCUUUCCACCUGGGGUGAAGACAACAACAAACCCUGUGGUAUAAGACAGAAGCCUUGAACAUGUGUGUUCCUUUAAUAUUACUGCAUAGUCUACCAUGGAGUGUUUUAUAGAUUUAAAGGGUUACUAGUUUUGUAACAUUAGCAGUUGUCAUUUUCUUUUCAUUAAAAAAUAUGCAAAUAUUACUUUGCUCUAAAAAUCUGGUCCAUUUUGAUUUCCUUUACAGUCAUGUUGCUUAAUUCAGUAAUUUCACUGGAAACUGUAGACACCACAAAAUAAAGCAUUAAAAAGGUCUGUAAGGAAACUUCAAUCCAUAUUUUUUUUUGAAGGACUAGUUCCAUAUUGCCUUGAUGUGUUUAAUUACUUUUUUUUCAUAAGUCAGUGUCAAUGAUUUAUUUUGUUUUGUUUUUCAAACACCUGUACUGUUUAAUAUUACACUUUGUUCACCACUGUUUAAGUACAAAUAAAAGCUUUUUUCAACAGAUCAUUGAUGAAGUUGCUGAGAUGUCUGGCACAAGCUAAAAUAAAAAUUGUGUGUGAAAUAUUUAUAAACACUACGCAUGCCAUGUGACAGUCCCAGUUUUUCUGUAUGUGGAUCUUAUAUUCAACUCGAACUACCACUGACCCUUUUUAUUGGAAUUCAAAUGUUCCACCCUCUGAUUCAAUGAGUUCCACCCAAUCACAAUACAAGCUGCUUCCAGAAUAUGAUGGGCUGUACCUCUAGACAACUG